CUCUGUGCUUCACCAUUCCUUCUUCUGUGAGAAGAAGGCGAAGACGACGAAUAACAGGAGCGAGAAGAAGACGACAAAGAAGAUGCAGCUCGCUCCGACUACCCAUCACCAAAGAAGAAGCCAGCCAAAGUGCAGUGGCUUCUUGCAACCGAGGGCAUCCAUUCUAUUUGUGUGACACGGCCGGAGAUCUGGCUUUUAUUUGCUCUUACUGUGGCUCUCCCAUGGACUCUCCCUUUUAUGUUUGCAUCAAAUGCCAUCUCAUUCUACACCCCUUAUGCUAUGAUAUUCCAAGAGAAAUUAGACACCCCGUUCACCAAAUAGAUCAUUGUCUGCCCCUCCUGCCUGUUGUCGAGGGUAUAAGCAAUAAUUGCUGUUGCAUCUGCCGUUCAUUUUUCUGCGACGUUUUCCCCGGCAAUUCUUGGAGCACAGAAAUGAAGAACUCCGCCUUCCAGUGUCGCAAAUGUAGAGUUUAUGUGUGUGUUCCUUGUGCUCUAUCGGUGCCCACUAAACGGAUUCAGCUAUUCGGCCACCCCCAUCCUUUGUUCAUAAUGGAGAAUAGAAGAAACCACAUGCUUCGCUGUCGUUUAUGCCGAGUAAAGUCUAAAGACGACAUCUUAAUUUCUUGCUUCGAGUGCAAGCACAUUUUUCACCUAUCGUGUGGUCAGGACUUGGCUACAGAAAUACCACUCCACCCUUAUCAUCCCCUCCCUAAACAUCCACUCCAACUCCUCCACGAGUCAACUAAAUCUAGUUCAUCCAGGUAUGAGAUUUGCCCAGGAUGUGACGAGCCCAUCGACGCCUUUCAUUAUAGAUGUCGCGAGUGUGGGUUCGCAAUUGACGCUUACUGCGCCAAGCAAGUUCCUCGAAGCAUCAAGUCGGAGACUCAUGAGCACCCUUUAUCUUGCUUCAAUGAGAACAUAAACGCAAACAAAUGUAGCGAUUGUGGUCAAGUCUGCUCUCCGCCUUACUUCAGAUGUGUGACUUGUGGACAUAACCUUCAUGUUCGUUGUUUUCCAAACUUACCCCUAAAGGUCAAGAACGAACAUCACGGGCAUUUCCUUACGCUCACCAAGCACCAAGUCAAAGAUCAUCCCGAGGACGUUGAUGAGACAGAGUUCUACUGUACAAGCUGUGAGAGACCUAGAUAUCUGCACGAUCCCACUUACAGUUGUGACGAAUGUCAUAAUUUUGUUUCCCAUUUCCAAUGCGUCAAUCUCGAGAUUUUUCGUGUAUGGGAGGAAGAUGGGACUUUGGCUUCCAUAAUUGAUCAAAAGACAGACACAUCAAGCAAUGUGCUGGAGGAAGUGGAGAAUGAAGUUAAUAUAACAUUUGAGAUAGGAGAAGUGUCAAGCUCAAACACUUCAUUUGUGGGACAAGAUCAAUAUAUAAAUGCACCACACAAGGAGUUAGAGGAACUGGAAACAAAUAUUGCAGAUCUCCAGAGAGAGGAAAUGGCGUUGAAAACAGAAUUUGAGAUCCUUUGCAAAAAGAGAGAAACAUUAGCAGCACAACUCGAAGAAGCAAGAGCAAAGUCAACACACCUGGGAAGACAUUGAGUAAGUAAUUAACCUUUUUGUUAUCUAUCAAAAAAUUGUGGGUCCUGUCCUUCCAUUUCGAUUAUUCCUCUUAAAAGGUUUUCAAUAUUUGUUGUUUAUCUAGCCAAUUCAAUAUUUGAUACAUGACUCUCUCUCUCUCUCUCUCUCUCUACAUGGGAAACCAAUUUGGUUCUGAAUUUCUCAAUAUGAUAUAUAUAUAUAUAUAUAUAUAUUCUUCAAGGUUUUAUCUUGUGCCCACCAUUUUAAAUGAUUUUUAUAAUACUUAUUGUGUUUGAUUUAUCUUCAUUGAAUUCUCAUAGUUUUUUUUUUUUCUGUAACUUUUUAAUUCUUUGCAUUUAGUUUGUAUAUAUAAGACAAAGUUGUUUAAAUUAAGGUUUUCAAAUAUGACUUGACUUUGCAUAAUUGAUAUAUGGUAAUUGU